AUGGCACAAGUACUCGCAAGCCGAAAUCCGCACUACACGGUUUCCGCAGAUGGAAUCGCACUCUUCGACCCGAAGCUCAACGAAGCCGCGGCGAACUUCGAGAAGCUCACCGCCUUCGUGAAGAAGAUCCGCUUCCGGUUCCCACAGCUCAAGUUCCUCGUCCACUUCUACCAGAAGGACUUCGACGAGAUCACGAACAUCACGGUCGACAACGACGACGGCACGCAGACCGUCACCCAGCGCCAGUCCCUCUGGGACCGCAAGUGGGCCGAGAUGACCGCCGCCCAGGCGACCUUCUGCGAGGAGGCCCUGGUCUACAUCCUCUGCAACCGCGUGAGCGAGAAGAUCGCGAACGUGCUCUACAAGAUGGAGAAGGACGAGGACGCGGAUGCGAAGGCCCUCUUCAUGUACCUCCGCAAGAGCUACGGCGCCCCCAAGGACGGCGGCCGGUCCAUGCUCACCAAGCUCAGCAACAUGAGCCUCAACGCGUGCGGCGACAUCGACACGCUGCUCAACACCAUGAGCACGACCUACGACAUGUACAAGUCCGCGAGCGGCGAGAAGCUCGCCGAAGCCACGCUCAAGGCCUACUUACUCGCCUCCAUCUCCCACAAGAGCGGCCGGGGCCCGGAGGAGCUCGACAGCACCUACCGCGACUUCCAGAAGCGCGACGCGUCCUACGCGACAAUGGCAGACGAACUCCGCCAGUUGCAGAUCGGCGACUCCGGGACCGAGCACCCCAUCCAGAUCGCCGCGCCGGCGACGGGCGGCGGCGUCCCCUUCGUCACCAAGCACUGCGACUUCCACGGCGAGUGCGCCCACACGACCGCGGAGUGCCGGGUCCUCCAGAAGGACCCCAACGCGAAGCCCGACAAGUCCCGCAACCGCAACCGCAGCGGCAACUACCGCGACCGCGCCAACGACAACAACCGCGACAAGCAGCUCGUCGCCGCGGCCGUGCAGGCCGCCCUCACGGGCCGGGCCAAGGAGGAGCAGGCCCCGCCGAUCGACUUCGGCGGCUCCAUGAACUGCAUGCUCAACUCCUACGAGCUCCUACAAACCAAGAACGCGGUCGACGAGGCCAUCGGCAGCAUGAGCCGCAAGGCCGACUACGACCCCAAGUACUGCCCCGUCGUCUUCGACAAGCCGACGGGCGACGCCUACAUCUACCCGGCCGGCUACAACUACCCGACGCAGCCGGUCAAGGACGAGGUCCGCGAGAACGAGACCCCGAACACGCGCGACAUCUACAGCACGGCGCCCCUCGACCUGGGCGCCUACGCGUCCGGCGACGCGGACGUCGGCAUGCUCAAGGGCAUCAUCAAGAUCCAGGCCAUCACGCGCGGCAAGCACAUGCGCGAGAACGAGGUCAAGCUCUACCACAACGACAACGACUCGAUGCCCGACCUCGUCGACGCGUCCGUGACCACGGCGUCGGACCUGGGCUCGGAGCACGACCUCGUGGCCUUCAACGACCUCGGCCACAUCGGCGCCUGCGACAACGUCCGCGAGGACGAGAACGAGGUCAAGCUCUACCACAACGACAACGACUCGAUGCCCGACCUCGUCGACGCGUCCGUGACCACGGCAUCGGACCUGGGCUCGGAACACGACCUCGUGGCCUUCAACGACCCCGGCCACACCGGCGCCUGCGACAACGUCCGCGAGGACGAGAUCGCGAACUUCGACAUCCCGGACACGCGCAGCGACUACGACGCGGCCAUGAUGCACGCGCAGCACGCCCACGUCAUGCAGACCACGGCCUUCCUCGGCGCCAACGUCAUGUCCAGCCUGGGCACCAUCGUGCCCAUCAUCAAGAUCCAGGCCAUCGCGCGCAAGAAAUACGUGCUCUCGUACACGGCCCACGACAGCCGCUACGCCCAGGAACACCAGAGGCCGGACCUCGACACGAAGGCCCGGCCCCAGGCGACCGUGGACAAGCCAACGCGACCCCGCGAAGAACGACCGAAGUGGCACGACGAGGCCAAGAACGACCUCCAGGCGUGGGUCGACAGCCACGCCCCCACCUGCACCAUCGCGGCGGCGACGCCGGCCGCUGCGGGUGUCAAAUUUACCCGACUUAUAGCAGAGUUGAGACAGAUGUGGGAGGACGAAGAGGCAUUAUGA